AUGCAAAGAGAUGAUCCUAAGGAACGAAAAAGCGAAACCAGGGGGAAGAGAACGGGAGGGAAAAAGAGGAGAGGAUGGGGAAGAAAGAGGCAGCCCGGCGACCUCGGGAAAAGAGGAAUAGCAGGGGGGGGGGGGACCCCCAAAGGAGGUUGCCCCGGAAGACGCAGAGAGGAAAAAGAAAGGCAACGACAAAUCCUGAAAGGGCGCAAAUUCACCCCCCGCACGCAAGGCAGUAAGCCGAAAGCAGGAGUGGGAGGUGGUGUGGCUGGCAAGCGGCAGGACUGCCCACAUGGGACAGUGCGGAACAUGAACCUCGGCGGAGCAAAGACACUUAAUUGCGGCAGCCGGGGGGGCAGAUACCGACGCCAACCACCAAAAUGCACAACACAGGGGAGGGCCCACUGGAGGAUAAACGACCAAACAAUGCCUCGCCCGUACAGAGAAGGGGUUGAGCGCAGUGUCGAGCCGAGUUUGCAGGACAGAGUUGCAGAAUGGAUAAGCAUAAUGUGA